CUCAUUUUAUCCGUUAAUGUUUCGAAAUAUUAAACACUCGACAAACUGCGGAGUUUCCGUCAACUUCUCAACCAAAACUUACAGAUUUGCUACGAAGGUGUGGACGUUUAAACAAAAAACGGAGGAUUUAAAGCAGAAAAAUAACGUGAUAGAAAAAGACAUGACGCCAAUAAGCAGGGUUGAUUUUAGGGACUGUUUAACUUUAAUCAGCUGAGAUAUCCACAUUUUCUAUUUAGUCAAUAUUUAACACAGCUGACAAAAUGUUUGAAUAUAAUGAUGUACUUCUAUUUUAAAAUUCUUUAUACAUCUUCUAUGACGGUAAGAGCACUAGAUUAACUCGUUAAUCGAUAACUUUCAAUUUUUAAAUAAUAUUUAGUGUACUGAAAUGUCGGAAAAGAAGCGCAUGGGUGCCAGUAAAUGUGGAGGACAGUAAAUUUAACAUUUUGGCCUUUUUUCUCCCGCCUCAUGUCGUCAUUUCCUUCUACUGUCCUUCCAGAGUUGAUUAUAGGUUUUCUGAGAGCAGGUUGAGCAGCUGCGUGCGAGCUCUGCAACACACACCUGUCUAGUUAUUUACCUGGCAUGCCCUGGCAGGUGGAAAUGUCAUGACUAAUUGCCACAAAGUCAGAAAUAUGUGAGUGUGUGCAGUUGUUUCACUUUAAAGUUUCUCAGUAUGUAUUUAUAUACAGAAACCAGACGUGACAUCCAGCUGUGAAGGCUGGCCUUCCUAAAAAUCCCAGAGGAAUGUGGAUGAGAGAGGGAGUAAGGGGAUAAACUAAAGCACAGAUGUGUAUUUUUGCUGGUACACAUCCAAAAACUAUAUCUAGUUUGGUGAAUCAGCUUAUUUCACACACCCAAAGUUCACUAACUCAAAGAGACAACUUCCAACAAGUGGUGACGUCCAAUGAACAGGAGAAAAACCUUUCUACAGCUGUGUUGGUGAGAAAAGGAGGAGACAGGUUUAGUAAAAUGGGGGAGGGAAGAGAAGAAGGCAGGAGGAGGGAAAGAACAUUGACAUAAACAGAGGGGCAAAGAAAGGGGAAGAGCAGCAGCAGCGUUCUGGACGGGUGGAAAAUCGGCGCUGGAGAGGGUUAAGAGGAGGAGUUGGACGAAGACAAGACAGCGUGGAGAAGAUUUCAGAGACUAACUGGAGAAGAAGAAGAAGAAGGAGGAAAAAAAAAGCCGAAUCGGGAACGUCUGCUUUGCUGAAAGAGAGAGCACGAUGUCGACGUCGUCAUCAGAAAACAAUCCCGAGGAUGUCACCCAUCGCAGCUUCUGGAUGCCUGGGAACUAUCAUCCCACCGUGAAGCGCACAGAAGAUUCCUUCCAGGCCUGCAAUGACAUCGUGGCGUGUUUCCAGGAGAGAGCCCGCGUGGAGAGGCAGUACGCCCAGCAGCUCGACGAAUGGAGCAACAAGUGGAAACCAGUGGUGGACUCCAGUCCUCUGUACGGGUCGCUACUGAAGGCUUGGCAGUGCUUCCUGUCGUCCGCCGACCGACUGGCCUCGUUACACGCUUCCAUCUGUCGCUCCCUGGUGUCGGAAGACGCAGACCGGGUCAGAACCUGGCAGAAGGACACCUUUCACAAGAAGUUAUUUGGAGGCUUCAAGGAGUCCCAGGACAUUGAGACUGGGUUUGCACGCGCUCAGAAGCCCUGGGCGAAACGGCUUAAGAAGCUGGACAAAGCUCGGAGGGCGUACCAUAAGGUGAGCCGUAAGGAGCACGCCGCUAAGGAGAGGGACUUUCACGCUCAGGGAAACCCAGAUGUUUCUAUCGACAAGCAGAAAAAGAUCCAAGAGGAGCGUGAACUGGCUCAGCAGGAGGCCGAGAAGGUCCGCGCUCGCUAUGAGAAAGUCCUGGAGGAGGUGAACCGCUACGUUCCUCGCUACAUGGAGGAGAUGGAGUCCGUUUUCGACCAAUCCCAGGACGAGGAGCGAAGGAGGAUCGUGUUCCUGAAAGACGCCUUCCUGUCCAUCCACAAACACCUGGACGUCACCACCAACGAGAGUGUGAUCGCCGUGUACAGCGAGCUGCACAACACCCUGAUGGGCAUCGACGAUCAGGACGACCUGCGCUGGUGGAAAAACACUCACGGGCCCGGCAUGCCGACCGACUGGCCUCACUUCCAGGAUUAUUCACCUGAGAAGAAAAGCAAAAAGGGGAAGAAGGAGGUGGAAAAAAAGAAAGGAACAAUAGAGAAGAGUGAGAUGCUUGGCGGCGUGAGGGUCAGAGCUCUGUACGACUACGUUGGCCAGGAGACGGACGAACUGUCCUUCAAAGCAGGUGAGGAGUUUCUGAAGAUCGAGGAUGAGGAUGAUCAGGGUUGGUGUCGGGGGAAGAAGGACGAAGGCUGGGAGGGGCUUUACCCGGCGAACUACGUGGAGGUCGUAUAGUUCCCACAAACCGGAUGGAAAUGGGUAGAAAAAACCCGGCGCUGCGUCUGGUUCUGAUCAGAAACAUUAAAAAAUACUUUAAAACUUAAAACCCAGAUGUUUUCCAAACAGGAAAAACUUCCUUCACCUGUUUUGACAAACAGAUUUGUACGUUUUUUUUAACCUCCUGAAGGAUUUUAAUGAAUGUUUUAAGACAAACGUACAUCCCUUUAUGUAACCAUGACAACUAUAUGUUGGAGUAUAAAGUCACGCUGGCGUUUGGCAUCGAAGCUACAAGACAAGACUGAGAUUUUAUCUUGUUUCAUUUUUUUCACGUUGCUUUUAAAACUCAAGCAGCUGCAGAAGUGAAGGUGAAAAUCGUUAGAAAUGUUUGGAGCCUCCAGGUAAAAUAAACACAAAACUCUUCAACGAAGUGACGCUGAAUGCGUCUUAAUUUGUGGGGUUUUAAUACCUAAAGUUCGUUUCACCUCCACUUUUCCACUUCGCUGCUUGCAAGGGAACAAUCACAUAAAGCGGAGCCAAUUAUUGAGCUUUAUAUAAACUCUCUGAUCGCUUUAUUUCUCCGUAACGUCUCCAAAUCGGCAGAUUUCUGCAGUAAUCUGAAGAAUAACUGCAAACAUUUUCAUGUUUCCAAAGACUUUUAGGAGGAAAUAAACAAAACUUAAGCGAAGA